AUGUUUCCCAUGAGGACAUUCAAGGCGACAUACGCAGACAAGGCAGUUUCACUCAGACUGUUGAACCGGCGUAUAUUGCAUACCACUGCAGUUCGAUUGGCUGAAGAAGAUGCAAAGAAUGCUCCGAAAUCUACAACAGACAUAGAAGACGACGAUACGCUUAAACACCUAUACAAGAGAAAGUACCAGUUUGUCCAAAAGCAAAAUUUAGAGGAUCCAUAUAACGUUUUGCAUGAAUCCCAACACCAGUCAAAUUCUUAUGGCGAACAUCAGAACUCUUCUCAAUCAGACGAUGAAAAGACGUUCCAGUUAACCCAAAGGUUGAAAUUUAUAGCUGGAGGCGUGGCGGCGUUGGUUAUCACUUUAGGAAGUUUGGAAGUGUACAACAACUGGAGCUUCCUCAAGUCUAAAUACUUUGGCAAUGGUGAACUGGAAUCGUUUGAUGAAAUGUAUGAAAGAAUUAAGAAUAAAAAGCAAAAGAAAAAACAAGAAUUAGAGCUUUUUGCAAAAACCAUAACUAAUCCGAACGACUCCUCCGUUCCAGGUGUUUAUGUUUGUGGUGAUAACCGGUCGCAACUGGUUUCCGAUGAGAAGGACUACCAAUUGAUUCCAGUUUUCAAGAGAAUCGAUGCAUUUGACAAUAUGAUUGUGAAGGACGUUGCAAUUGGAGACAAAUCCGGUGCCCUUAUUGACGAGAGGGGUUCUUUGUAUCAGUGGGGUGCGGGUUUCGGUGGAGAUCCCAGAAUUCCAAGUAUCAAGGGCAAGAACUUGAAGAAAGUCCAGAUUAGCAAUGAUACCGUUUAUGUGCUCUCAGAAAAGGGAGAUGUUUUUUACCUUCCAGAGAGCCAUGAGCUACAAAAUCAGCAUGUACACAAGCAGAGAGGAUGGUUUGGCUCAUAUGAUGUUAAAUUCCAAAAACUUGACACAUUGAAAAGGAAGAUUGUCGACAUUCGGGCCGGUUCACAGCACUUAGUCUUACUAGAUGACAAGGGGAAAGUUGCCACUACUGCCACAGGAUAUGACAAUGGCAUUGAACAAUCUUAUGGUCAAUUUGGUCUUCCAGAGUUUUCGCAAUUUGAUGCACCUCCAAGAAUAAAUGAAAUCCAUGAUGUUGUCUUGCUCAACAGGUACUUGAAGAAUGGUAAAGUUGCCGAAAGAAAGAUCACGCAAAUUGCAGCUGGGGAUUUCUUCACCCUCUGCUUAGAUCAAGCAGGCUCUGUUUGGGCUUUUGGUAAGAAUACAUAUGGUGCCAUAGGUUCAACGAUUAACUUCGAUACUGAAAUUAUCCCAUACCCUACUCAAGUGAAGUUCAUUUCUUCCCAUUUCAAGAGAAGUGAGUUUCCUCGCUGUGUUAGCAUUGCAGCUGGUGGAGAGUCAGCAUAUGCGACCUUCUCGUCAUCAAACAUGUAUGAACUCUUUGAGAGGAGCUUAAAAGACGGAGCAGGCGGUCAACCCACGUUUGAACCAUUGGGAGAGGUCGAGGAAAGUAAGCUCCAUUUAUCCUGGGGUCAUGGCUUGAAAGGUGAGUUGGGAUUAGGCCAUUUCAUUCAUGGCAGCUCAGAGCCUAAGAAAAUAAAGGUUUUGAACGACAUCAAGGAAUACAAUGAAAUUACCAACAAACUCGAAAAAAUCGGUAUAAAGAGCUGGUCUGCCGGCAAGAACCAUGUGGUGGUCACUUUGCAGAACAACGACGUCUAUGUGUGGGGAGACAACGAGUUCGGCCAAUUAGGCAACGGGAAAAGAAUAAGAGCAGGGGCUCCUAUAAACAUUCCAUCCUUGUUGGAACCUAGUGAUAGAGAAGUAAAGUAUUCGAGAUUCAACGACAGACUACAGUUGAUUGACAAUGGCAAAGUUCACCAAGAAAUCGUUGCGGGAAACUACACCACUGCCAUUGUCUACAAGAAGGACUAG